AUGACUGCCAAUUCAGACAGACAUUCUCAGUCGAGGUACCACCAUGAAGCUAUAAACUGGAACGAAGACGAUGAAACACAAGUUAAUGCCAGUUUCAGAACAGAAACAAGUGCUCAUACAGCUGGAACAAAAGCCAUUGCACCCAUACUAGGAAUCCUGUUAAACAUGCCAAUAUGUUUGUCAAUGUUACUAUCUGCUGUGAUUUACAAGUGGACAAAUGAAUCUGUAAUUAUAAUAAUGGACUAUACAGAAGCCUUCAGUGCAAUAUAUGUGUUUGAAUAUGACAAAGUAGACUCUAGCACGUACUUCACUUGUACGAACAGCACAGAAUGCCCUGCUACGUGUUUCUAUCAAACGGAACAUUCAAUUUGCGGGGUAGAGGUCAUCGAUGGAUACUCAGCACGAAUCUGUGUCUGUGUUGCACACGAAUGCUCCAAGAAUUCAGACUGUAUACGGCAUCAUUGCAAUUCAGGAUACAGCUCCAUCUGUUCAACAACUACCAAUAAGUGUGUGUGUCAAUAUACCUGCGCUCAUAACUCUGACUGCAACAAAUACUCUUGUCCACAAGGAGGCGACAUAGUGUGCUCUGCAAUCUAUGGAACAACACACAUAUGCGCAUGUCAGAGGACAUGUGCUUCGCAUUCUGAAUGCGAUAACCACGCAUGUCCUGGAGGAAGGACUUCCGUUUGUUCGGGAGGUAGUUGCCAGUGCCACAAAGUCUGUAGAGCCGACUCUGAAUGUCCUACCCAGGUCACGUGUUCAGCUGGCACUAUGCCAAGAUGUUCGACCUCGGCCAAACAUACCUGCACCUGUGAGACACAAAGCAACUAUGUUCGAGACUGUACCUCAUCUUCUGCUUGUUCCAAAAACUACUGUAACACAGGACUGGUACCGUACUGUUCAUCACGUCACUGUGGCUGUACAGACUGUCUUACAAAUAGUGAUUGCCAUCAAUACUGUCAAAAUGGAUUUGAAAGGCGAUGCGAAAGUCAUAAAUGUUUCUGCCGAAGUCUUUCAUGCAAAGCCAACUCGGACUGUACCCCUCACACAUGUGCAUCAGGAUAUACUCCUAUAUGUUCACCUACUUCACACAUGUGUACCUGUGGCCGUGUUUGUCAAAGCACUAACGACUGUUCUUCUACAAGAUGUACAGGAAGUAAUGCUAUGUGCACGCCUGCGCAAAGGCAUACAAAAACAUGUACGUGUGAAACUACGUGUUCAAAAAGCAGUGACUGUUCGAACCAUAAAUGUUCCAAUGGACUUCUCCCAGUUUGUGAUUCUGCAUCGUGUGUGUGCAGAAGUCACUGUACCAGUGAUGCUUCUUGUCAUUCUCUACUAUGUGGCUCAGGAAAGCAACCAUUUUGCUCUACAGCAGAUGGCUCUGCUUGUAUGUGCUUUGAAUGCACAGCAGACUCACAUUGUUCCCAUCAUGCAUGUAACAGUGGAUACCAUUACAAGUGUAACAAAAACACUUGUACAUGCCAGCAUGAUCCAAUAAAUGGCGGCUGGUCACCCUGGGGAUCAUGGGGUAGCUGUUCUACUUCCUGUUUAGCUGGACAACGUAUACGUCACCGCAGUUGUAAUCAUCCCAGCCCUAAGUAUGGCGGAGCACAUUGUGUUGGAAAUUCUCAAGAAAGUCAAACUUGUUCAAAGCCAUGUCCAGUUGACGGGGGAUGGUCCGUUUGGAAUAAUUGGUCGUCCUGUUCAAAGUCAUGCGGAAAAGGAUCGCAGACCCGUAGUAGACAGUGCACGAACCCAGCCCCUGCCAACGGAGGGACGAAUUGUGGAGGAUCUAAUCAAGAAACUAAGGACUGCCAAGUUACACAUUGUCCAGUGAAUGGAGGAUGGUCAGGGUGGGGCCGAUGGGGUAGAUGCUCUACUACGUGCGGUGCUGGGGCUCAAAUACGGACCAGACAUUGUAAUCAUCCCAGACCAGCAUAUGGCGGGAAAACGUGUACUGGCAGCAACCACGAGUCACGAAGUUGUUCCCAAGUUCCAUGCCCAGUCAACGGAGGAUGGACAAGCUGGGAGAGUUGGUCGACUUGCAGUGUAUCAUGUGGUGCAGGAAUAGAAUCUCGAGUCCGAUCUUGUACACAUCCAGCGCCAUCCCACGGAGGAAAACCAUGUACUGGAGAUCUUAAAGAAACACAGACUUGCGUCCUAGCACCUUGUGCCCGUUCAUGUAAAGAUAGCAGUGCUCAGUGUGGGUUGUUGAAGGACGUUUUCUGUGCUCCAGAUAACACGGACGGCCAAAAUGUUUGUCCAAGCACCUGCGGACUAUGUCCGGUGGAUGGUGUUUGGGGGACCUGGGCAAAAUGGUCUGUGUGCACUUUGACCUGCGGGGGAGGGGUCAAAUUAAGAUCACGUCUUUGCAAUAACCCACCUCCCUCCCAUGGCGGACUGAUUUGUAGCGGAUCUGCACAGGACGUAGCUGACUGCAACACUCAACAAUGCCAAGUUGACGGGUCAUGGGCGGUCUGGGGAGAUUGGACAUCAUGCACUAUAUCCUGUGGCGGAGGAUCACAAUACAGGUUUCGGUCCUGUUCUAAUCCCUCGCCUUCCGGUGGAGGUAGAGAUUGUGUUGGUAGCUUACAUGAUGUGCAGUCGUGUUCACAGACACCAUGUCCAGUGGACGGAGGCUGGUCGUCUUGGACGGACUGGUCGUCCUGUAGUGUUACCUGUGGAUCCGGCCAAGAAACUCGAACACGCACCUGUAACAGUCCGGUUCCUUUAUAUGGCGGCAGGUCAUGUGUUGGAAACGUCACAGAGAUGCGCCCUUGUAACAAAUCUGUGUGCCCCUAUGUUUGUAAAGACCUGUCUCCCGACUGCCAGACGUUCAAAUCUAUGUUCUGUUCUCCUGCUCAUCCUUCCGGUUUCCAACUCUGUCCAAUCACGUGUGGAACAUGUAGAGUUGACGGUGGUUGGUCCGAUUGGUCUUCUUGGAACGUAUGUAGUGUAUCAUGUGGAAACGGCACCAAAACACGUUCCCGUCAGUGUUCUAAUCCUGUGCCUGCUUUUGGAGGAAGUGACUGUAAUGGGACAUCAAAGGAAAUAGACAAUUGUAUCCAACUGCCAUGUCCAAUUGAUGGAGUUUGGUCAGACUGGACGAGUUGGUCGUCGUGUUCUUUGACUUGUGGAGCUGGAGUACAGACACGUGACCGACAAUGUGACAAUCCAGCGCCCUCUCACGACGGACAGUUCUGUCCUGGGGAUCCUUAUAGUAUCCAAAGUUGUACCGAAAUGGAAUGUCCUGUUGACGGGGGCUGGAGCGACUGGACGGGGUGGUCGCCCUGUAGUGUCACGUGUGGUGCAGGAGUAAACACUCGAACACGUGCAUGCACGCAACCUGUUCCCAUGCAUGGUGGUUUGAACUGCACUGGAGCAGAUACAGAAACUCAUCCAUGCAAUAAGUCAGACUGCCCAGUCGUUUGUGAAGACCAUGAUCCUGGGUGUCCAGUGUUUGCCAAGUACACAAAUAUGUGCGCCCCGGAUAAUCCACAAGGUCCCAUUACCUGUCCCAAAACCUGUGGUAUAUGUGUUGUUGAUGGUGGUUGGAGUUCAUGGGGACCGUGGUCUGCAUGUAGCGCCACCUGUGGUGACAUGAUUGCUAGGAGCCGGAAACGACAGUGUGAUAAUCCGUUGCCCGGCAAUGGAGGGAAAGAUUGCGAUGGGAAGUCAUUUGAGUUAGGGUUGUGUAACGUUACAGCCUGUCCAGCAGGAAAACCAUGUCCCACCUGUGAUGAGAAUCUCUCGUGUAGCUGGGAUUCUAUCUGUGAUGUCUCAGAAACCUGUAUGAUUAGGUCCUACACUGGAUACAAUUUUACUGUACACUGCUCUAAGGUUGAGGAUUGUUCAUUUGAGAGGGAUGUCCUUUCUACGGGGGAGAUAUACUGUUGUGACGAUAGAGCAUGCCUUCGUACUGUACUCGGAGUUUAAGGAAGAUUUUGCAGCUUUGUUUAU